AUGGAGAAGGGAAAGUUGAUACGUCUCGAUGAUCGUUGGGUCUCCAUCGCAAUAGACAAUCUAGACUCUUUCGGGGAUGUUGGGUACCUAGACUUCAAGUUUCUCGAUCAGGUCUUACCCCACUGCUCCAAAGACCAGUUGAUUCACAUCGAGAAGAGCACGAAAGAUACAGACCUGACUCCGAUCACUGAUAAGCUCUGGAAGAAGAUUUUCGAGAGAGAGUUCGGUGUCAAAGCCACAGAUGAGGUGAUCCAGAAGAUGAAGAUCAAGAAAGUGAGUUUCAAGUGGUCGGAGUUGUACCAGACCAAGUUGAAGAGAGUGGAAGAGGAUGAGAAACAAGUGGGAGAAAGAUUGAAGAGGCUGUAUCAGAAAGAAGCUGCCAGGAAACAAAGCCGGCAAGUUAGGGUUUUGGACAAGCUUCCGCCUUCUUCGUCAAGCAAUAAAAGAAGUGGUUCCACCAAAGAGAGCAAACUGAUGAAAAAAGUGAGAAAAGAGUAUCACAACUGUCUAGAGGUGAAAAAUAUUGAAGCUAUGAAGAUGAAGAGAAGUGCCAAGUGUUCUAGUCUCAUCAAAAAGCCAAGAAACGACUAUUCAAGCUAUGAACGUGUUUUGAAGUAUUGA